AAAUGUUGCCUUUGAAAAUAUUUGUAUUUUUUGCAUUUUUUGCAUUAGCAAACACUAAGCCUAAUCUGCAGGAAUUUAAAAAAUUUGUUUUGAAUGCAAUAGAAAAGAGUAAGGAAUAUGUGCCUCCGGUAGAUGCGAAACGAUACGAACCAACCAAUGACAAACCUCAAGAUGUGGGCUCUUUUGAUUUCAUUAUAAUCGGAGGUGGAACGUCUGGAGCAGUAAUUGCAAAUCGAUUAUCAGAAAAUUCAUCGACUACAGUUUUAUUAAUAGAAGCUGGAACUUACGGUAAUAAUGUAACAAAAAUCCCUGCAAUGGGUCCAAUAUUGUUAUCUAGCGAUUAUAGUUGGGGAUUCAAAACUACAAAGCAAAAACACGGAUGUUUAGGGGUCACAAAUCAAAUGUGUACUUAUUCUACCGGCAGAGGAUUAGGUGGAACUAGUUUAAUAAGUAUGUGCAUAUACGCAAGAGGCAAUCCUAUGGACUAUGAUAAAUGGGCAGCUCUUGGUAAUCCAGGUUGGAGUUAUUCUGAUGUCUUACCUCUGUUUAAAAAAUCUGAAAACUUUUACAAAAACGAUCCAAAGGCUCCUCUAAAUUGGGAGUAUCACCAUACUGGAGGUGAACAACAUGUUGAAUUUGCAUUAUCUGAAUACGAUACAAGGACUACUGCAUUUUAUAAUGGUCAUAAAGAUUUGGGAUAUCCAUUUAUCGAUUACAAUAGUCAACAACAAUUAGGUUCAUCACCAAUUCAAAAAACUCAAAAAAAUGGGAAGAGAUUUGAUACUGGAACAGCCUUUAUUGCGACAGCAGAACACAGAAGCAAUCUUAAAAUAAUGACAAACAGCUACGCAACAAAAAUAGUUAUUGAUAAAGAAACUAAGGAGGCUAAUGGUGUAUUAUUUACACACCAACACACCAAAUUUUGUGCAAAAGCCAAAAAAGAAGUCAUUAUUUCGGCAGGAGCUGUUCAGUCCCCACAGUUAUUGAUGUUAUCCGGUAUUGGUCCUGAAAGUCAUCUUCGUGAAAAGGGUAUUGAAGUUAUUAAAAAUUUAGAAGUAGGAUCACAUCUUCAUGACAUGGUUAACUUUCAAGACUUGUUUUAUGAACAUAACGCAACAGAUCUUAAUGAUGUAUCAUUAGAUAACGUUUUAUCACUAUAUUUAGAACAACGUGGCCCACUAAGAGCAUUUGAAGCAAUAGCGGCAAUAUCGUUUGUACCUUCCAAAAUGCAAAAACAGAAAACUUAUGCAAAUUUCGCGUUCGUACAAAUGCCAGUAGAUCUUGAUAAAUUUUCUGCUGCCACUAACAACAUUUUGUCAUUCACCAAAGAGACUUUAGAAGACUCAGCUUCCUGUACGAACCCUAAUCAAUGUGCAUCUAUAUUUUAUAUUAGCAUGCAUACAAAAUCUUUGGGUACUUUAAGGUUAAAAUCAAAUGAUCCAUUUGAAUAUCCAUUAAUAGAUCCCAAUAUUCUUGCUGAUGAAGAAGAUAUUGAUCGAUUAUAUGAGGGAUACCUCCAUAUAAAGAAACUAUUACAAACUGAACAUUACAAAAAAAUAAAUGCAACUAUAAUUCCGCCAAGAUUGAGAGAGUGCAAACAAAAAAUAUCUUCUAAGGAAUAUUGGUACUGUGUUUUUAAGCAUUUGGCCUAUCCUGAUUUUCAUCCCACCGGAACAUGUCGAAUGGGCCCCAAAAAUGAUAAAAAGGCUGUUGUUGAUAAAGAUUUGAGAGUACAUGGUAUCAGGAAACUUAGAGUCGCAGACGCGAGUGUUAUUCCAGUGACUCUUUCAAGUCCUCCGGCAGCCACAACAAUAAUGAUAGGAGAAAAAGCAGCAGCAUUAAUUAAACAAACUUAUUCAUAAAUAUUGUAUUAAAUAUUUACUUAGGAAGAAAAUUUAAUUUGAUUUAAUAUAAAAUUGUUUUAGCAUUA